GCUUUGGAAUGUUGCAAUCAAUCGAAUGCAACGUGGAAGUGUAUCCAUUUGACCACUCAUGUGUUUGGAAUAAUUCCCAGAUUCCCAAGUACUCUCUCUGGCUGCCACCUCCACAUUUGCGUUUACUGCGUGUUGUGUUGUUCCACUUUCACCCCUGCUCAUGUUGUGAUCUCGCCCGGGAGGAAACGCGGCGAGGGGACGAUCGAAUUCGCGCAAUCCGAGGAGAUGGGUCGCUCCGGGGCAGCAAUCGAUAACUUGGGUCGCGGCGCAAGCAGGUGAUUGUCUCGCGCAGGCAGAGAAAUGGAGACGAUCCUUCGCGAGGAGGAAGACUAUGGCGGCGGCGCGCGAGGAGCAGCAAAGGAUCCAUCGCGAAAGCCUCACGUCGUGGCGCUCGCGUACCCAAUGCAGGGCCACAUCAAUCCCAUGAUCCAUCUCUGCAAGCGCUUGGCGUCGCUGGGCCUCUCCGUCUCGCUCGUCAACACCCAGACCAACCACGACCGCCUCGCUCGAUCGCGCGGCGCCGCGCUCGAGCAGGGGCUCGACAUCGCCAUGCUCGCGCUGGCCGACGACGAGGAGGAUACAUCCGCCCACCAGGGGGGGGCUGGCGCCGGCGGCGACGACGCCCUCCAGCGAUCGCUCGUCGCGGCGGACGCCAUGGAGCGGCCGUUCGUGGCGCUGCUACAGGGCUUGCUGGAUCGCGGCCGGGGAGUGGAUUGCAUCCUUUCGGAUGCGUUCCUGGGGUGGAGCCAGGACGUCGCGGAUCGAUUUGGGAUACCGCGAGCGGCGCUCUGGGCGUCGUCCACCGAGUACUGCCUGCUCAAUUUCCAUCUCCUGGAGCUCCGCACGCGAGGGUACGCUCCAAUUCGAGAUGCGUCGGUGCUGGACGAUGACAGCCACACGAUCGCCUUUAUCGACGGCGUAGCGCCGCUCCAUCCCAAGGACCUACCGUCUAUUCUCCAGCGCUACAGUUCACACGAUCCAGGGUUUGAGAAGCGCUACGCGAGGACGCGGCGGCUCUGCGAUGCGUACUGGAUCCUCGGCAACACCUUCCAGGAUCUGGAGCCCGAUGCGCUGGACGCGAUCCAGCAAGCGAUCAACGGUGAUCCAACCAGCGCCGCGAAGAAGAAGAGGAGGAAUUUCUCGCCAGUGGGUCCUCUGCUUCCAUCGGCGUUCCUGGGGCUGGGCGGCGACGAUCUGGGGUCUGGGAAUGGGCUGUGGAUCGAGGACGAGCGCUGCGUGAAUUGGCUGGACAAGCAAUCCCCCUCGUCAGUCCUCUACGUCUCCUUCGGGAGCUUGGCGGUGAUGAGCUCCGCCGAGAUGCUGGAGCUGGCCGCGGGGAUCGAAUCGAGCCGGCAGCCAUUCCUGUGGGUGAUCCGCCCCGGCAGCCAUCUCGGGAGCUUCGAUCUGGAGGGCUUCGUGGAGAGGACUCGACAGCUAGGGCUCGUCGUGCAGUGGGCGCCCCAGCUCCAGGUGCUCUUCCACCCCUCGGUGGGCGGAUUCCUGUCCCACUGCGGCUGGAAUUCGACGAUCGAGAGCAUCGCCAUGGGCGUGCCGAUCAUCGGGCUACCUUGCAUCGCGGAGCAAAACCUAAAUUGCAAGCGCGCUGUGAAGGACUGGGGCGUGGGAUGCAAGCUCCAGCAGCGCGGCGAUGGCGAUGGCGAUGCGAUCGUGGGGCGCGAAGAGAUCGAGCGCGUCGUGACACGAUUCAUGACCGGCGAGGACGGCAUGGAGCUGCGAAUUAGGGCGAGGGAGCUCCGCGAGGCGGCACGACGGUGUGUGAUGGACGGCGGGAGCUCCCACAAGAACCUGGAAGCGUUCGUGGAGGCCGUGAGAAUCAACGGUCUAAGAUAGAGAGAUCUAUGGUUGAGAUGCCACCGUCGAUUUAAAAUAAAAUUUGCCGCGUAGGUACAGGUGGAUGCCACGCGGCACAAAA